UCCGCGCGGGGCGCUGGGCCCGGCAGCCCUUUCGGGGCGGAAGUGCUGCGUGCGAGACCGGAAGUGCUGAGCUCUCGGGGCGGAAGUCGGCCGGGGCGGCGGCGGCGGCCCCGCGCCCAGGGCUCCAGAUGGAAGCGACGCCGGACUCAGGGCCGCGUCUCUGCUGUAAGCCUGGCGGGCGGCUGGACAUGAGCCACGGCUUCGUGCACCACAUCCGCCGUAACCAGCUCGCCCGGGAUGACUACGACAAGAAGGUGAAGCAGGCGGCCAAGGAGAAGGCGAGGAGGCGGCACACGCCCGCGCCCACCAGGCCCCGCAAGCCCGACCUGCAGGUGUACCUGCCGCGACGCCGAGAUGGCUCUACCCACCCCAGCAACCCAGACUGUGAAGAGUCCCGUGAAAGAAGCAGUAGUGGCAGCUCCGAACCAGAGUCUUCUGGCCGUCAGCUCUUCUGCUUAGAAUAUGAGGCGGACAGCGGAGAGGUCACAUCUGUUAUCGUGUAUCAGGACGAUGAUCCAGGAAGGGUGAGUGAGGAGGUGUCCGCACACACGCCUCUGGAUCCACCCAUGCAAGAGGCCCUCAAGUUGCGCAUCAAGGAGGAGAUGGCAAAGCGCCAGAGCCGAGACUGACCGGGCGGAAAGCAUUCCCUCCAGGCUGGAGUCACUGCCCAGGGAGCUCCCUAGUUUGGAGAUGCCAGGACCAGUCUGGGCUGAUCUUGACGCACAAACACACCCCAGAGCUGCUAGAAAAGGGUGUUGCAGGGACAAUGCCUGACCACCUUCCUUGUAUAUUGGCCCAUUGAUUAUCCUGAGUUGGAAUUUUUGAGAGUUUUGUUUGGCUAGCUUGGUGUUCUAGAAGCAGAGACUCCAGGGAGAGCCAAGGUUUAUGAACCUUAUGUCAACAUGCUGCUUUCUCACUGAGUUCAUAUGCCCUGGGAUACCCGGCACUGCUGCUUCACCCAGCUCCAUGAGCCGUAUUAUUUUAUGGUUCCUUCCUACCGUGCUUCUGCUCAUGUUCAUGUUUUCCUAGAUCUUGUGUUGUUGUUGUUGUUUUCCAACUGUUUCUUAGUUCUUUCCUUCAUCUUUUUGUCUCCAAGUCCAUCAGUUCCAUCCCACUCCUCACCUCCCAAUGUGACUGCACCUCCAGCUGCUCAGGACUUUGGAGGUUUGGGGUCAUGGGGGGUUGAGGGGGUGGGCCUACCUUUCUGACAUGCUCUCCCAGUAAUCCUGAUAGCAGCCCAGUGAGAGAUGUUCAUUUUUUAGGCCAACUCCCAAAUAUGUCUCCCUCCCCUGCCAUAGCUUUUUCAGGUUUCCGUCAUGCCCCACUGCUUUACACUGUCUAGAUAAGGAGACCUAAGAAGAUGAUGCCAAAACUAAACUGCAAGGAUUUCUUGCAGCAAAACCUGCCUUGGUUAGGAUUAUGGAAUUCUAGCUUUCAGCCUCAUCCCUUAAAGGGGAAUUAUCAAAAUAUGCUUAAAACUGCCUCUCCACAUGUGAUUUAACAGUCUGGAACAUAGAUACAAAGAGCAAUUCAACAGCAAUAAUUGCCUAUUUAGAACCUUAGUUGUGGAGUUGGGGCGAGGCCCAAACAACGUCUCAGAGGAAAUGAACCUCUCAUCUGCUCUUCCCUGCCCCAUUCUCUUUUCCUGCCUCCUAAGAGUAUAGAGUCUCCCAACAGAUCCUUAUAAUAAAAAUCCCAGGAGUAUCAGUGCUUUCGCUUAAGUGUACGGUUUUCCUAAUGCAGGGUUAGGCCAAAGAUCUGAGAAAUCUACGCUGCAGUUCCAAGCCACUUCGGUUUUCCAAUACAUUGGAGCCUUUUUUGUAAUUUGAAAUUUGGGGUUUAUGUGAACCCAUGAGCACUGAGACUUCAUGAAGCCAAAGUCUGCCUGCCCCAGGGGUUUCUCCACAUCGGGUCUCAAGAUCAGUCUGUCUGGUCCAUCUCAGCAAUUUUUAAAAGACACCUGAGGCCACUCUUAAACUACUUACUCAAGUGCAGGUGGCCAGAGCUUACAGUGCCAGGAACGUCCAUGAGGUGAAUUAGAAAGGCCUGGUGGUGAAGAGACCAGAGUGCUCCUACCCACAGAGCUGGCCCAAGGUCAAAAGCCUUAAACUUGCUGGUCCUGGGCUCAGUUCUAUUCUUAAAGGAGAAAGUUUGCCCUCUAUAUUUAGUUGGAAUCAAAGUGCCUUUUAACAUAACGUUAACUACCCUCCAGAGCCUGGGUCAGGGGGCCUAUGCCAUCAUCCCAGUUUCUCUGCAGCUCCGAGCACCAGUCAUUUUAAUCUUCCAUCUCUUCAACUGAUCUGACUUGGACAUAGGAUUUCGCUGGAACUCUUAGACUUCCCAGUCUGGAAAUACUUUGGGGUUCAUCUUCUCACUGCUGGAUGACCUGCUUCCUGGAUUUAUUACAAAAUUUAGAAACCAAACCAGAAGAGAUUUUAGCCUCUCUUCCUGUUUUGUGAGAAGAAAAGUGUGUCCCUAUUGUCUUUCUGUGUUUGUCAUGUAAUCUCAGGUAAGAAACUAAUGAGAGCUCUAAUGUGUAGAAUUUUUCUUGCACUCUGCAUAUCAUAAAAUAUUUUUCACUCAAGAAAAAUCUAAUUCUUAAUUUAUGCAGUCUGGCCAUAUAAAGCACUGAGCCUGGUACUUAAAUGCAAGGUUGUCCUGCAGAACAGAACUGUUGGUGCUGAGGCUGCCAUUGCUCCAGGCGUGCCUGAGAUGCUUCUCUGGUGAUGGCCCUCGGCCAGCAGACAGCUUUUUAGCACAGGCUCAUUGCUUAUUUCGCCACCCGUCACCUGGGAUCUAAGAUGGUAUUGACCAGUUUAUUCACCAGACUUACCUUCAGACAUCUGGCAGCUGUUUCCAAAAAUCGGUGCUUUGCCUUGAAGGACAACGUUCGGAGCGUUUCCACAGGCUGGAGAUCUGUCCCACAGGGGACUGUCCUGCCUUGUGGAGCGCAGGGACAGCAGUGUUGGACUGGCUGGAGCUUUCCAGCAGGCUGCUUCAGGUUCAACACUCUUGACUAGAUACAUUUCUUGGCUGUCUUAAAAAAAAAAAGUCUGGUAGCCUGAUAGGCAUAUCUCAUGUCCAUCCAAAAUUAAGUGUUCCUUCACUUACUGAGAGUUAAGCCUUGGAUUUAAAGGUUUUGUGUUUCCUGGCCCAAAGUGGGUAAUGUUACAAAUAGAAGGAAGCUGAGGUUUGCAUAGGGCUUGGGCUGUGCAAAAA